AUGUGUUCGCCGGCGGACGACAGCCAAGCGUUGACUUAUGAGUCGAUAUUUGAGUCGUUUGUCCGCCAAAAGACAUUCAAAUGCCAUUACGACGGAUGCGACAAAGGGUUCGCCACUCAAAGCCGAUUGGAUUCGCAUAUAAGCAAAAGACAUGCCAUCGAUGGCAGCGCACAGUCCGAAGAACCGAUCGGCGGAUCAUCUCAUGUCAGAAACCAGUCAUUAAGUGCAACAGUGAGACAAUCGGUGGACAACACUUGCGAUACUACUUCACCCGAUGGCCACCAACUGAGGCCAACAAUCACUACCACUAGUCAUACAUUCCCAUCGAUAACAAGCACUUCCGAUACCAAACAUGAGCCUCAGAUCUCAACAAUCAGUACAACAUUCCCUUCAUUUCCAGACAUAAUAACCACAACCACUACUACUUCCAGUGCCGACAGACAAUCGGCAGACAUUAAGUACAAUAACAGUUCUUCAGCCGAUAUCAGAGGCCAACCGUUGACGACAUCACUUGAUGUCAUUUAUCAGACUUCAAACGCGACAACAGUGACCACUUCCAGCGCCGACAGCCAAUUGGAGGACAUUACUAGCGAUAAUGAUUCGGAUUCUGAUAUCGAACUCAUUGGUAGAGUUCCGGCGCCCAAACGGCCCGCACGUAACCGAUCGCCCGUUGAUAUCAAGCCAUCGCUCAUAGACUCCAUACCUCUGGUGCCGGAAAUAAUCAACAAAGCGCCCGAAGCGGUAAUAACGCUGACCGGCGCUGGCAAUGAGCUAAUCCGUGACAUCGCGCCCGGCAUACGGGUGGUCAAGAAGCGUAAGGCACCCAUAGAUCCACGACUGGCCCCUAAAACUACCAGAAAAACUGCAACCGACCUGAUCCCAUGGCACCUGUGCCCAUACAUGGGCUGCCUCCAGACAUUUAAGACCAAAACAUUACUGUCCACUCAUCAAGCGUUGGCGCACCUGAAGCCCACGCCCACCACCGCUGAGAAACCCUCACCAGACCUGAUCCCGUGUCCAUACAUUGUCUGUCGGGAGAGAUUCAACUCGCAAUCAUCAGUGACUACUCAUCUACAGUGCGCCCACUCGACACAUCGGUGGUCGGCCGGUCAGCCGGCGGCCUUGUGGUGCCAUAUGUGCGGACUCAAUUAUACGACACUACUGGCCCUCAAUCGGCACCAGGCGUCGGCGCACCCGCCGGGGUCUACCCCUGUGCCCACCCCUAAGCACAUAGUGGAUGAGUACUACCACUGCCCGUACGUCGGGUGUAACGAGAACUAUAGGACCCGGUUAUUGGUGUUCAUUCACAUGCAGAACACCCACUCGUACGGCACUAUCAACGACUGGUCGGCCUGUGAUCUCCCAGCGGCCACUUAUCUGUGCGAUAAAUGCGAUCUUAAGUACCGGACAUUACUGCACAUUCGCCUACACCGGGCGUUGGCCCACCCGACGGCACCCGAGCUCAAUGUGGCCAACAAUAACAGCGGUGGCUUCGCGUGCGAGAAGUGCCACAAGAGUUUCAAUAGGAUUGUGCCGUUUAUGGCCCACGAGUGCAACGACUACCCGCCAAAAGCUAAACCCAAACCCACGCCAAACCUCGGCCGACACAUACCCUGUGACGCGUGCGGCAAACUGUUUGGCUCCGACUCCGCCCUACAAAACCAUAAAAAGGAUAAAAAGCAUUGA